AUGGAGAAUGCAGUAAAAGCAUCAAAAGUAGAAGGAGACGGUUGGUGCACGUCUGGGAAAGUUCUACAUUCACAGCUCUUCAACAAUUCAAAUGCACAAACUUCAAAUGUCAACAUUGGCGAUACAUCAUCGUCAGCUUCUGAUAUCCCAAUUUCUGAAAAUUCUUCUAAAAGACUUCGAAGAGUUGAUGGCAAUGAAUUUAAUAUUAGUUCAUUGGAGUUUGAUCCCGGAUUGCGUCGUCCGAUAUGGGAAUAUGAUGUUAAUCACCGAGAUGAAAUUCGAAGAGCUUAUAUUAAUGCUGGUCCGUACCGACCUUUGAUCUCAAAUUACCCGAAAUCUGGAAAAGAAAGUCAUCUUCGUAGCUUUCAACCCUCGUGGUACAAUCUAUUUCCUUCAUGGCUUGAAUAUUCACGUGAGAAAGAUGCAGCCUUUUGUCUACCUUGUUUUCUCUUUAAUAAGCCAUCUGGGCAUUUCACACAACGUGUAUUCACUAUAGAUGGAUUCAGGAAUUGGAAGAAAGUUAGAAAUGGAAAAGAUUGUGCUUUUCUCAAUCAUAUAGGAAAAGAUCCUACUUCAUUUCACAGAGUUGCUGAGAAGUCAUAUGAAGAUUUGAAGAACCAAUCUCAACAUAUACAAAAUGUAUUUGAAAAGCUCACUUCUGAACAAAUUGCAAACAAUCGACUGCAGUUGAAAGCCUCAAUUGAUGUUGUUCGAGUGCUUGCAUUUCAAGGUGUUGCUUUUAGAGGUCGGGAUGAAAGUGUGACUUCUACAAAUCGCGGAAAUUUUCUUGAGAUAUUGGGUUUGACAAUUUCAUAUAAUGAACAGCUUGCUGAAGUGAUCGCUAAAGCUCCCAAAAAUGCCACUUACACAUCACCAACAGUACAAAAACAAAUUUUACACGUUUUUUCAACCAAAGUAAAGGAAAUAAUUCGUAAUGAAAUUGGUGAUGCAAAGUUUUGCGUAAUUGUUGAUGAAGCUCGUGAUGAGUCAAUGAAGGAGCAAAUGGCUAUAGUUUUAAGAUUUGUUGAUAAGAAUGGCUUUGUGCGAGAACGCUUUUUUGGACUUGUUCAUGUCUCUGAUACUGUGGCAUUAACCUUAAAAAAAGGUAUAUAUUCUGUAUUGUCUAAGCAUCAACUAGACAUUCAAAAUAUUCGAGGGCAAGGAUAUGAUGGCGCAAGUAAUAUGCGAGGGGGGUGGAAUGGGUUGCAAGCUUUGGUUUCAAAUGAUUGUCCAUAUGCCUACUACAUUCAUUGUUUCGCACAUCGUUUGCAAUUGGCAUUAGUGGCGGCAUCAAAAGAAGUCAUUUCUGUUAAUCAAUUUUUUACCAAAUUGAAUAUUGUUGUCAAUUUUGUUUGUGCCUCAUGCAAUCAGUAUGAAGAAUUGCGGGUUGCCCAAGUUGCUGAAAAUGUUUACAUGAUUGCAAUUGAUGAUAUUGAGAGUGGAAUGGGGCUUAAUCAAAUUAGUACGCUACAACGACCUGGAAAUACGCGUUGGAGUUCUCACUUGAGAUCAGUUUCUAACUUGAUCAAAAUUUAUAGUCCAGCUUGUGAAGUUAUUGUUAAAAUCAUUGAUGUUGAUACUUCUUCUUCACAACGAGCAGAAGCUGAUUCAGUUCAUCAGGUAAUGACUUCAUUUGAAUUUGUAUUCAUCUUACAUCUCAUGAAAGAAACUAUGCAGAUCACCGAUCAUCUAUGUCAAGCAUUGCAAUCCAAAUCUCAAGACAUUUUAAGUGCCAUGAACCUUGUUUCAUCCACUAAAAGGUGUAUUCAACAAUAUAGAGAUGAUAAAUGGGAAGUUUUACUUACCAAGGUGAAGUUAUUUUGCAAUAAACGCAACAUAGAUGUUCCAGAUAUGAAUGCCAGUUAUGUUGAGAGAAGAGGUCGAGCUCGCAAUCAACAAGCUGACUUUACAAUUGAGCAUCAUUAUCGUGUAGAUAUUUUUUGUGCUGCAAUAGAUUCUCAAUCGCAAGAAUUAAAUCGCCGGUUUAGUGAGCAUGCAGUGGAGUUGCUUAUUCUAGGCUCGGCACUUGAUCCUCGAGCUGCACGUGAGUCUUUUAGAAUUGAUGAUAUUUGUCAGUUGGUAAAUAAGUUUUAUCCACAAGACUUUACCGAUUUUGAAAAAGAACAGUUGGAAAUAGAACUUCACCAUUAUGAGCAUAAUAUAGUUCAAGAUUCAAGUUUCUAA